GGAGAAGGAAGCUCAGAGUCGUCGGUUGGCACAUUUCUCUUUCAUUCGAGUCAAUACCCCUGCCACGAAAUUUCCUCUCCUUCCCAUUUGCGCGUUCCUUUUUAAUUUGUUUCCCUUCUAUUUCUUUUUCUUUUUGCCUUCUUUAUUUGCCCACAAAUGCAUUCUUAUGAAUGUCAUCUAUCCACCCAUCCCCCCAGUCAAACCCGAAAAUCGUACUAUUCUCCUUUUUUUUUAGCUGGUCAAUUCCUGUGUUCCUAUUCUUUCUCACUCAAGAUCUUUGUUUUCUGUUCUUCUACUCUGGCUUUGGUAUUCGACCUGGAUACUCUCCGUAAUUAGGUAUAUUCCAAACCUUCGUGGACACUUGUGAUAACUGAAUUCUUCAAUCCUAGUAGGUAGGGUUUUCUUUGGCGGCUCAUCAGGAUUCUCUGGGGAGAAAAGGAAGAAGCAUUAGAUGCCAUUAUUUGAACCCAGCCCGGCAAAACCGAACGUUUUGCAUUUAGAUACAGGCAUUGGAUUUUUCAUCGGCUCAGAUACAGCAUAAUGGGAGCUGUUUGCUCGGCGGGGACUGUUGAGAGAAACGAAGAAUUUGGAAGGAAGAAUUUCGGGUUCUCCGGAAAGCUAAAGAAGGAAAAGAGUUUUACUAAUUGGGAAGGGGAUUCCUCUCCGGCUUCCAGCAAGAAAGAUCAUGGAAAAAGGCAAAAGAAGAGAGACUCUGAUGAGCUCCAGUUGUCGUUUUCCAGUGAACUGAAGUCGUCGACUCCAACUCGAGCAGGGGCAUGGAGGGUCACCCAGAGAGGCUCCUUCUUGGGAAAAGCGGGCGAGAGGGCAGUAGAAGUUCUUGACUCACUUGGAAGUAGCAUGCCAAAAUUGAACACCAGUACCGGUUUUUCCUCUGGCAUUGCUUCUAGAGGAAAUAAAAUAUCUAUAUUGGCGUUUGAAGUAGCUAACACAAUAACCAAAGGAUCAAUUUUGUUCCAAUCACUUUCAGAAGAGAACAUUCAGACCCUCAAAAAGGAGGUUUUACAAUCUGAAGGGUUGCAACACCUAGUUUCAACUGAUAUGAAGGAGUUACUAAGUCUUGCUGAAGCUGACAAAAGGGAAGAAUUUAAUGUCUUCUCGCGGGAAGUAGCUAGAUUUGGGGAUGCAUGUAAGGACCCCCAGUGGCACAACCUAGAUCGAUAUUUCUCAAGAUUAGAAUUGGAUGCCUUCGGUGACAAGCAACCUAGGGCAGAGGCAGAAAAGACAAUGCAGGAGUUGACCACUCUAGCUCAGUAUACUGCUGAAUUAUAUCAUGAAUUAAAUGCUUUUGACCGGUUUGAACAAGAUUAUCAGCAAAAGAUUAAGGAAAUGGAGUCCCUAAAUCUUCCUCUGAAAGGGGAGAGCCUCACAAUUUUUCAGAGUGAGCUGAAGCAUCAAAAAAAGAUUGUAAGAAGCUUGAAAAACAAGUCUCUGUGGUCUCAAAAUUUGGAGGGGAUAGUUGAAAAGCUCGUUGAUAUUGUGAUCUAUAUGCAUCAAGCAAUUUCUGAGUCACUUGGAAAUUAUGGUAUAUCUGUUGCAGUUGUCAAUAAUGGUAAGGGCCCUCAAAGACUAGGCGAUGCUGGCCUUGCGCUGCACUAUGCUAAUAUUACCAGUCAGAUAAAUAUGAUUGCAUCUCGUCCGAUGUUUGUUCAGCCUAAUAUGAGGGACACAUUAUAUCACGCGUUACCCAAUAAUAUCAAGGCUUCUCUUCCAUCCCGCUUGCAAAUUAUUGAUACCAAGAAGGAGGUCUCCAUUACUCAGGUCAAAGCUGAAAUUGACAAAACUCUUCAAUGGCUUGUUCCACUUGCCACAAAUACGACCAAAGCACAUCAAGGUUUUGGAUGGGUUGGCGAAUGGGCGAAUAAAAGUAGUGACUUUGGAGAUGAUCCAGCCAGAGAAAGCAACAUAAUCCGCCUCCUGACGCUUCACUAUGCGGAUAAACAGAAGAUAGAUGUUCACCUUCUUGAAUUAUUAACCCUGCUGCACCAGUUGAUGAGCAUUGGAAGAUAUAGACACGAUGCCAUGAAGCCAAUGGCCAAUCGAUCUCCUUCGAAGGGGCUUGAUUUCCAGUCAAAAAUACAGCACUGGAUAUCUAUAGAAGGUAGUAGGAAAACGGUGGGAAUAAAACUAUCUGAAGAGGAUAGGAGUUUGCUGGAGGAGGUGAUGGCGAGGAAGAGGACUCCAGGAGUUAGCAGAAGUGAGGAUUUAGCGUUGGCCAAGAAAAAAGAAGGUUUGGGCAGAGAUUGGCGCUCCAGCAGGAGUGUUGGAAGCUCGCCCAAUAACGAGUUGGAUGCCAGACCGCGCUGGGACCAUGAGAGCCCCACGCAUUUGGAUAUUUUGGAUGGUUUAAAAUAUUGAAGGCUUUCCUCUUCACCUCUUUUGUAGUCCGCUUUCUCCCAGCCUUUAACGAAAUUCUUUCCAGCUAAUAUUGUUUAUUUCUGUAUAUAUCUUUAUAGAGGUAUUUAUCAAUGUCCACAAAUUUUUUUCCCGGAGAACAGUUGAUUUGUUGAUACUAAAGUUAUACAUGAUUUUCCCCCCUUUAAAUUUGCUAGUUCUCAAUAUGAUAUA